AUGAGACUUGCAACUUUCCUCAUUACAUACUUGGUUACAAUAGUGAGCGCCCGAGAGUGGGCGAUGACCACGGACAUCGGAUCUCAGCAAUUGGACAACGAUGACAAGAUCGUCUCCAUGACGGAAGAUGAUGCGGUCGAAAUAUCCUACAGGAUUGAUUGUGACGACAGCACUCAAAUGACGACGUGCGAUGCGGCCGAGGCAAUAACUGUUGUUGAUGAUGGACCACAGACCACUGGUAUCCCAGAUGGCUUGAUAAUUGUUGACGGAGACGAGCUGAUAUAUUCGCCUGUAACGAGUCCCCAGACCAUGACACAAACCUUUGGGGAGGAGCACGACACAGUAUCCACAGAUACCACACCUGAAUCAUUUUCGACCGAGAUCACCAUGUCGUGGAGUAGCUCCAGCCUAGCUGUCUCUACACACAUGGUGAGUUUAACAACAACCGGAUCGGUUAGUGACACUUCAAGUGUAGGGUCUAGUGUUGGGAGUAUUCAAGGCAGCAUGAGCCUUAUGACUACUCAGAGUCGGGCAUCCAGUGCCUCGACCAGCUCGUCGGUACGCAGCACUGGAGCAGCACCGUUAGCAACGGGAGAAGUGGCCAUUAUGGCUGGUGGUGCUGCAAUGGCGUUGCUGGUAGCUGUGUUGUAA